AACUUUCCCCUUUUCUCUUUCCCUUUACUCUCUUUUUGUUCCUUUUUGUCUUUUCUGGUUGAUUUGAUUUUUGUUUUUUCCCCUCCGUGUCUGUUAUGGCCUGGCUCAACGGUUUGAACGGUUUUUAUUUUCCUUUCUUAGCCUUUCAUUUCAGUAUCACAGAAGACAUUUUCCUGGAAGUGAGCAUAUAUAUAUUAUUGCGUGAAAUGAGUCUGUUUAUUUAUAGGUAUAUAAACUCGAGAAAACCUGUUUUUCUGACCGGUAGGGUUGGCGCUCGCCCAGGGUAAUGACAUGACAUGACAGUAUUCUCCAACAAUGUCGUCAGCUUUUACGCAAAAUCUCAUGUGUUUGUUUUCAUAGCAUGUAUAAAGCUUGGCUUCACUUGCGCUCUCAGUCGGCUGGCGUCAGUAAUGCAACGGAUGCAGAAGAAAACUGUGGAAAUGGUUCGUAAAGCCUUUGGGCCUUGUUUGUGUAAGUGAAGUUGUCGAUUGUUCAUAAAACCAUUGCUAAUGUGAUUUGCCGCAGCAAAUUUGUUGUGACGGUUCACUUAACAGUGGCUUUUAGUGAUGAAACGCAAGAAACAUGAAUUUCUGUGUAAAUCGUUUGUAAUUCUCUACUGGUUUAAUGAACAACACACACCGCCAUUUGUUGGAUGCGAUCCAGUAUUCCAUACACGGCAUAUGAAUUAAAAAAGAAAAUUGAAUGGUUUCCAAAGUAAUUUACACAACUCUUCUUUCAGGUUUAGUGGGUUUGCCGCGUAGCGAGUGUACGGGAGGUGACUACGAACAAUUCACGUCCUGCGAAUGAUGUCUGUGGAGUUUUUCUAGGAAGCUGGUUGUCAUGCCAUUUCUCGAUCCGUAAUAUUUCAUGGCAUUUGUUCUGUUGUUAGUGGCCAGGGUUUUCUUUUGUCCCUGGAUUCGAGUUUGUAUUUAUUCCAAGUGCGCUACAAGCUUCUUUUCAUGUUGUUAGUAAGAUGAAGAAAUGCAGAUGUUCUUGUGAGACCUGACGUUCACGUUUCGAGAGCGGCUUCAUCCAGGGUCGCUAUUACAUUUUCGUUGUCGUACCUUUUAAAUAAACGCUCGAUUUGUGUAGUUUAAGCUGUGCCGGUUGCCGUUUGAAAGGAUUGUUCCAGAUCAAGAACUAGUUGAGCUCUAUUGACGCGUCUCUAGCAUGCGGUCACAACAAAAUCUGUGUUUCCAAUGAACACCAUACGUUCUCUCUUGUUUUCAGACAUCAAGGUCGAGUUUUAGGGAUGCCACAUGCUGUCCGUAGAGCUCAACAUGUGUUGUAUGCUAGAAUAGUCUUUUCUCAAAUCGUUCAAUUUGCUCUGACCUCUGUAUUAUGGGUUUGCUUUCUUCGUCCUCCAGAUCAUCUCGUGUAAAGACUGCAUCGAAACCUUUCAUCUGUCAAACUGAGACGUGCAGUGCAAGGGUGCUGAGAUCGGGCCUUAACAUGGUCUACUGUACGAAAAUGUGAAGGUCUCGCACACAGUCGCUGCCUUACAAAGUCUGUAUUUACUAUAGUACCGCAAAGCCGAACCAGCGCUAGCUUUAACGCGUACCCGUUUCGUCUAGAGAUUGUAUUGCCGGCGCUCUUCGGGAGUCAAAUAUUGGUAUUCUUUGUGCCCUGGAUCAGAUGUAGUGAUCUCAUGACAGAGAGAGGAAUAUUUGCACUGUGAUGAAGAGGAAGAAUCGUAGGUUACGUGUGUUUGAUCGAAGUAUAUUUGUGUUGCUGCUUGUUUUGAGUUCCAGACACGUGUGAUGUAUAUCCCAUGAUGCAUUUCAAGGGGCUUUCUGUCUACAGAGCAUAAAUGGCAUUCUGACAUUGUUCGAUCCUUUCUGCCAGGCAUCUCUGAAUAUUUUAGACUUGUGCUGUUUCAAUUCGGUUUUUAACCUCUAGCUGUCCAAAAAUGUAUGAAUGUUUUUCGUGUGCUUUUACAAUUUUUUUUUUUUGUCCGUUUCAUUUUUCCUCCAGAUUUUUUGUAAUGUUUGUUUUUUUAAGAAAAGAAAUAAAAUGUAUCUUCAUUUUAAUGACAAACCAUUACUGUUUGCAUGUCUUUUACUCGAAGGACUCUGACGCACCCACACUGCACCUUUCUUGUGUAUUACAGUUCAGUGAAACGUUUCAAAUGAAAUGUUAUUAAAUAUAAGAUCAUGUUCUGAGAACUUUGGCAUCUUUGUUAAACGUGACGGGUUAAUUUCAUUCAAACCAAAUGUGAUGCACUGACAAUAGAUGAACUAUUUACUUUUGUACCGAACUACAUUUUACAGUUCCUGGUUAAUUUACAUCUAAUGAAAGGGUUGUAGUCUAUGGGCUAUGAGUACUUUAAUUCCGUUGCUGUAGUUUACCAACGCGACUUUAACUACAGAACAGGAAAGUCAGGUUUAUAAGAGCGCUAAAGGAACAGUUGGCAGUUUUGACGUGGUCCAAACAAGCACCUGCACUGAAAAUGUGUGCAAGUUUUUGUGCAAACAGUUCACCCAAAAAUAAAUGACAAAAUGUUCAUUUUUGGGUGAACUAUCCCUUUAAAUUGUGUCCUUACAGUAAUUUUAUUGCCUUAGAUAAUAUUAACAAUGAGCAACAUAUUUCUUAAGCAUGUAUGUUUUUUAUGCAAAUACAAUUUAGGUUAGUAUGUUGUGCAUUAACCAGUGCUUACCAAACACAUUAUUUUUUAAAUACAUAUGAGUAAAUGUUCAAAUUACCAUAUUGAUAAAUGCUGUAUUGUUCAUUGUGAGUUCAUGUUAAUAGCAAGAAAUAUAAUCCUUAUUGCAAAGUGUGUUUUACACACAAAUACUACCGGUCACUUGUAUGACAACUCUAUGUGGAGAUACCAUCCAAACUUUCAAAACUAUUUUCACCCGGAAGCAACAAUUUCGUUCGAGCAUUGUGAACUUUGACUUAAUUGAAAGCAAAGAACUGUGAAGAAGAAUAUAAACAAUUAUGCUGAUAUGUAGAAUUUUUCACAAUAUUUUCAUUCCACUGUUACAAUAUUGUGCACAAGAUCCAAACUGUAUUUCAAACUGGCAUAAGUUUAAUCAAUGCUCAUUGUUUUGAAAUGGACCAUUCGCGUGUGAAUAAGGCUGUGUGACAUGCAGAUUCGGGUGGGUAGGGACAUGACGUCAGGUAAACACCUCGGCAACAUUUUUACCAUUCUUGGCUAGUUGUUGUGUGCAGUCUUUAUGACCUCAUAUUAACAGGUUAAUUAAAGGUUCUUAUAAGAAUAAUUUCUUUUUUGCUUUUUCAUAGUUCAAAGAACCAUUUGUGAAACAAAAAGUUUUUGCAUUAUAAACAUUACCUCACCCUAAAAUGAGGUGGAUUCAUAAUUUUGCUCACCAGCACUCGGAUUAUUAAGAAUAUUUUUACAUGUUGCAGUAAACCUUUAAGGGAGACAAACAUUUUAUUGUAAUUGUGGAAUAGCUUAUUUGAACAAUAUCACACAUAAUACAAUUUCCAAAAGAAUGUUGCAUUUUAAAGCACUGCCUCUGUCAUAUCGUCAUAUACUGUAUACUCAAUUUAUCCCUCCCACUUUCUGUUACGUUCCUGUAACUGCUGCUCGUACUUCUGAUGUCAGAACUUAGUUGUACACAUUCACGUGGGAAUCAAUAAAGGCAAUAUCAAACAACAGAAGAGGAGACUUCUGACUUUAAGAGACAUGUAUUACAUCUGAUGUAGCCUAUACCUUACAGGUGGUUUUGUUUGCGUUGCUUCAGUUUUUCAGAUCUCCAGUGUUGAACAGACCUCAUGUGAAGUUCACUGUCAGAAUAAAAGCGAAAUAAGACAGAAAAGGUGGACAUGCAUGGCAGGAACUCGCAGCUAUUCUUGAUUAAUUCAUUAACAUGUGGCCUGGAGGUAUGUUUGGCUGCUGGGACGAUCUUCAUCCCACCCAAGCUGCUGGAGGCAGGGGUGGAGGAACGCUUCAUGACCAUGGUGUUAGGUGUGGGACCCAUACUUGGGUUGAUCUUUGUUCCAUUAAUUGGUUCAGCGAGCGACGGCUUCAGAAGUAAAUAUGGCCGUCGCCGGCCGUUCAUCUGGCCUCUGUGCAUGGGCGUCCUCCUCGGACUCCUGAUCAUCCCUCAGACGUCCACCCUGGUCGGCCUUCUUACAAAAUGUGAAUGCCGUUGGCCGCAGGUCUCGCUGUUGGUCUUUGCUAUCUGCUUGAUGGAGUUCUGUGGGCAGGCCUGUUUCACCCCACUGGAAGCGCUGGUGUCAGAUCUCUUCCCCGGAGAAGAAGAAAGCCGCAAGGCCUUUUCCUUGUAUUCGCUCAUGCUCAGCCUGGGUGGUUGCGUGGGCUACCUGCUCUCCGCAGUCGACUGGACCCCUUUGGACACCGUGGUUUACCUGGGAGGACAAGAGGCUUUUAUCUUCAUAGUGCUGACCUUCAUCUUCCUCGCUUGCUUGAUGGCCACAACGUUCAUCUGUGAAGAACAAACGGGUGAUGUUGAGGUGUCCAGGAAGGCGAAGUCCACGACCUGCUUUUGCUUCUGUCCGGUAUUGCCCAGACUCAAGCUUCUGCCCAGAACAAUCUUCAGCCUUCUGUCUGUGGGUCCGCAACUUUACUCGCUGUGCAGUCGCAUGCCCAAAGUCAUUGCAAGACUGUUCGUGGCUGAGCUGUGCAGUUGGAUGGCCCUCAUGUCUCUUAUGCUGUUUUACGCAGAUUUUGUGGGAGAACGAUUGUAUGGUGGGGUGCCCAGUGAAAAUCCAGGUUCCCUGGGAAGGAUACGAUAUGACGAGGGUGUACGAAUGGCCAGCCUGGGUCUUUUUUUGCAAUGUGUGACGUCUGUGAUGCUCUCGUUGGUUAUGGAGCGUAUGGUGUUGUGUAUAGGACCUAGAAAGCUGUAUUUGAGCAGUGUGGUGCUGCUGGCAGUGAGUACAGCAGUCAUGACCGUCUCAAACAGCGUCGUGUUAGUCACCAUCAUGGUUGCAGCGACAGGGUUUACAUUCUGCACUCUACAGAUUCUACCGUACACGCUAACAUGUCUGUAUCACUCCAACGCACAGGUGUUCCUUCCCAAUGAGAGAGACGAACCUCACGGGGACGAUCGUGUUCUGUUGAUCAAAUCAGCUGAGAUACCAUCCUUGACCACACAGAAAAGAACCAAUGGUUGCAUCUCCGGGACGUCUGGUGGCACGUUAAAGACGAAACCCUUACAAAGCAAUAUACCACCAGCCUCACAAUCGCUUGAUCUGCAUGUAUCUGUGACCAUAGACCCAAAGCCUGCACAACCACCCGCCCUCAGGGGCAUGGGUACAGAUAUAGCCAUACUGGACAGUGCUUACCUGCUAUCUCAGGUGGUGCCAUCGCUCUUCAUGGGCUCCAUAGUGCAGCUCUUUCACAGCGUAACCAUCUACAUGGCCUGUGCGUUUUUGCUGAGCAUGGUGGCUGUUUAUUUCUCUAGAAAGAUCGUCUUCGAGAAGGCGGAUAUGGAAGCAUGUCGAUGAUUGUGUCGUCGUUUCAAAACCUUAUGGGACAGCUGGAUCUGUUUUUUAGGUCCGUGUGUGUUGUAUGUUUUUAGAAGACUCGUGGUGACGUAUAAAUCAUUUAUUUGACAUGAAGCGUUGGCCGUUAAACGUUUGCUAAUAUAUUCCUGCUUGGGAGGAUCAAGCAAACAGCGCAAUGUUUGGAAAGAAAGUGUAUUAACCGUUUACAGGAGCUGUCAAACUACAAAUGGUCGACUUAUAGUUAGGGACGGGCACCCAAACCCGGUAUUAAACGGGCCCCGGGGCAAAAUUAUGAAAGACCGGAGCAUCGAUAAGCUCCGCCCUUAUCGGUUCUGCUUUCGGUCCUCGGGAAAACAUCUUAUAUGUUAUUGCUACGUUAACGUUAUCUUGCACGUUUUAUCUCAACAAUAGUUUCUCAUUUUCAAUAACACCAAGAAUUUAGUCUUUGGCGCAAGCAUAUUCGUUAUUCCCAGCAGAGCGCGCGAGGCGGCACGUCACGUGUCUCUCGCGCAGUUUGUGUGUCUACACAGCGCGCGCACACACGAACACGAACAGCCGCACAGAAGAAAGACGCUCUUAAUUCGAGAGAGAACUAAACGUUCAAAAGUGUGGUUGCACUUAAGCAAAGUUGAUGCCGACAGUGACAAUGCUUGCAGCCACAAGUGCAAUAAAACCUUUGCUUGUAGGGGUGGAAACACAAGUAAUCUGUCAAAAGUGCAUCAUGUACAGACAGAGAGAUGCACUGUUUUUGACUGCUUAGCCCUUACUUAUGCCCCAUCUAUGUAUGCUGAAUGCUAACAGACGUUACCUGAACUCCAACUCCUUGACAUUCUUUAUAUAAUAUAUGCUAAUGCCAUUCACCCUAUUUAAAACAACUGUAAAUUCGAUCUAAAUGGUUUCCAUAACCUUACAUUAAAACUAUGCUAAUUCCACAUGGGUGAAAGGAAAUUACACAUUUAAUCCAUUUUCUAUUAGUUAACUACUUAAAAAAAUAAAUCAGCCUGCAUGUGUAAUCAUUUAUUAUUACACUGAGAACUAAAAUAAUUCAGUGCAGUAUACACAAAAUAAACAUGUACAAAUACAUUACAUUACACUAUUUAGAGUAAAAUUCAAUUACCCUUUAGAAAAAAAUAUGACAGAGUCAGUAAGGAUAAGGAUUAAGGAAGAACUUACGAAAAAGAAGAAUUUCUUUUGUUGUAAAUUGUUUAUUUUAUUUAUUUUGAAUUAUUUAUUUAUUGUUAAUUAUGUUAGUUCAAAUAAAGCAAUGUUAAUUCUGUUCCUAAUUUGUUUCUUUUUAUAUCAAACAGUACCGAUAAGAAUACCGUUAAAGUACCGGACCGAUAAGCAGUAUCGAUAAGAGUAUAGUAAUACCGUUAAAACGAUACUCAUCCCUACUUAUAGUUGUCUCAACAAAAUUAUAAAAUUCUGUAGUUUAUUCAGCAUAGUGUUAUUCCAGACCUGUAUGUGUCUCUUUGUUCUAUGGAACACAAAAGAAGAUAUUUUGAGAAAUGUCUCAGUGGUUUUGUGUUCAUACAAUGGACGGUUCAAUGUUGUUUGGUUACCAACAAAAUAUCUUCUUUUGUGUUCUGCAGAAGAAAGAAAAUCAGGUUUGUAAUGACAUGAGGGUGAAUAAAUGAUGACAGAAUUUUCAUUUUAUGCUGUGAACGUUUCACAACACAUUCACACAUAUUAUAUUAGAGAAUGUGUGGCCUAAUGGUAUAUUUAUCAGGGUGUUGACUUGAUUUUACUGUUAUUAUUUUAACUAUUGAUUUGGCUAAAUGAUUUUCAUUUAACCACCGUCUUGUGUGACUGUGGUUUUUGAUAUUGUAUUUGCAAUAUUGCGCAGUUUUGUACCCUUUAAUAGCCUAUUAGAAGUUAUGAUAAAUUAUGACCUUUGAAUGUAGGCUAAUGUGUUCAACUCUAAUGCCGAAUGGCUGAAGAGACCAAAGCCUGUCAAAAUGUUAAUAGCAGUUGUUGUUUACACACAUUUCAAUGCAUUUUAUGUAAUUUAUUAAAAUGUUUUUUAUAUAAUUGUGUUGUAUUUUUAGCUGUACCAUUUGUUUGGGUUCUAACAGAUAAAAGCGAUCUGCAAAACAAUUAACAUAAAAAAUGAUGUGUUUAAAGUUUCGUAUUCCGAGGAAAAUCAGCACACUUAUGCUGCCUUCACAUGCUCUCGGAAAUUCGAUAAUUCCCACUUUAACCCGGAAGUAAUUUCUGGAUUUAUGCUGCGUUCACGUGCUCUCGGUAAUUCGAUAAUUCCCAUUUCUGAUGUCAUGAUUCCGAGCUGGUUGUGUUCAGGCGCUUUGUUGUCGGAAAGAAUGGAGGACGCCAGAUUCAUGCUUGCGUGUGUCUUGGGAUAAUGUUCUAUGGUAAUACACAUCCUAGUGUAUAGUUUUACUGCAAUAUUGCUGAAAUACAUGCUAUUUUCGCAGUGUACAAAACAUUCAGUAGGCUUCAAAUGAUUAAUAAUAUAUAUUAAUAUGUAGGCCUACUAAUUUGACGACAAGACAAGGCAAUGAAGCUGUUGCGGAAAAACGAACCAAUCAUAUCUGUCACAGCAGAAAUCCUUCUCCCAUCCUCAUGUUAAUUGUGUAAGGCCCGCCCAUCUCGGGUAUCAAAAUUAUUUCCCAACUUCCCAGUGGGAAACAUCAGAGGGCGUUCAUGUGCAAUUUUUACUCAUAUUUCCGAUAGCACGCGAAGGCAGCAUUAGUGACAUUAAACUUAUUUUUAGUAAUAUUAAAACAUUAGUGUUACUAAGCAUUAAAACAUACAAGUAUAUGCUAACAUUAAGAGCACUGUUCCAUAAAUUAUUUCCGGGAAUUAUCGAAUUUCCGAGAGCACGUGAAGUACAGUACUUGCAGUAUAUUACGUAUGUUAAAAUAAAUAAGAGUAGUAUGUUUUUCGGUAUGUUCUUACUCAUCUACUGCCCUCUUGUGGCUUUGUAAAGCUGUUUUCAUUUUUACAGCAUUCCUAAAACAGUCUUAAAAAUUUACACCCUCGUGUUCAUUCAUUGGCAGAUGAAAUGAAUUCAUUCAUUCUUCAGUUUUCUUAGAUUUUUAACUUUUCAGUUGCUGUUUUUAAUUCCAUCCUCGACUCUACAGAUGUCUGUAUUACGUGUUGCCGUGUUUUGAACCAGCCACGUGGAGUCGUGGCCAUUUCAUCAUUCAUUAUUCCAUCUUUAAAUA